CAUCCGAAGUUGCCUCCAUCUUACCCCAUCUUCCUCCCUCGCCAUGAAAGACCAAGCAUCAUCAUACAUGACACAGAAUGAGGGGAUGAUGGGUUAGUUUACCCGAAUACCGAGUCUUUGUGAGUAUAUCCUGCAUGCACAGCAGUGUACGUGGACGCAGUCUAUCUUCGAACACCAGAAUCCCACAAUGAUUCUAAAUCUGAACGCAUGUCUCUACGCCAUAGCGGUUGUGGUAGCCGUGUGCAAUGGUACUCCUACCUUGACAGCUGAGCUUGACUAUGGCACCUUCGAAGGAUCUCACUCAGCAAGAUACAACUUGAGUUACUGGCAAAAGAUACCCUUCGCCGCUCCCCCUGUUGGACAGAAUCGUUUCAGAGGACCUCAACCGCCCAUUCCAAUCACUAAUGGCACAUAUAACUCAACACAGGCUUUUGACAUGUGCCCUCAGAGGACCGUGAACGGAUCUGAAGACUGCCUGUAUCUUGGGUUAUACUCAAGACCCUGGACUACAGGACAGCCAUUGAGACCGGUCGUGGUGGUGUUCUAUGGAGGAGGGUUUAUUCAGGGCAGUGCCUACUUUUCUAUUCCUCCGUCAGGCUAUCCCGUACUCAACGUUUCCGAUUCUAACGACUUCAUUUUCGUCUACACAAACUACCGAGUCAAUGCUUUUGGUCUUCUGCCGGGCAAAGAGAUUGCUGAAGAUCCAACCUCUGACCUGAACCCAGGGCUUCUGGACCAACAUGCUGCGCUGCAGUGGACUCACAAAUACAUCUCUCAAUUUGGUGGUGAUUCUUCCAAUGUGACUAUCUGGGGUCAAUCAGCUGGAGGUGGUAGCGUAGUUGCUCAAGUCAUUGCGCAGAACGGCAAGACAAGUCCCCCCUUGUUCUCCAAAGCUUUGGCGUCGUCUCCAUUUUGGCCAAAGACUUACAAGUACAACGCACCUCAAGCUCAGGUACUCUACGACUCUCUUGCUAACCUUACGGGCUGCUCCGGACCCAACUCUCUGCAGUGCCUCAAGAGUGUUGAUGUUCAGGCCAUCCGAAAUGCCUCCCUUGUCAUUUCUGGGUCUCAUGUUUACAACACAUCAUCCUAUAGUUGGUCACCCGUCAUCGAUGGCACGUUUCUGACGCAAUCACUAUCAUCUGCAACUGCUCGUGGUCAGGUCAACAUCGACUAUGGAUUUGGCAUGUAUAAUUUGCACGAAGGAGAAAACUUUAUUCCUCCAGGUUUUCAGCAUGCAGCUAGUUCCGGCUCGCCGCCGUUCAAUUCAUCAGUCAUAUCGCUUACAGCCUGGCUGAAGGGGUAUCUGCCAGGACUAUCGGACCGUGAUAGAAUGCGAGUACUGUCUCUGUAUCCCGCACAAGGGUCGGCAGAAGGGCUUCCCAACUAUAACACCACCUACAUUCGUGCAGGCCUUAUCUUCAGAGAUACUGUCUUGGCUUGUCCUGCCUAUUGGAUGGCUGGCGCUGCCCAGAAGAAAUCGUUUCUUGGAGAAUACACUAUCUCACCUGCUAAACACGCUUCUGACACAAUCUAUUGGAAUCAGGUGAAUGACAUCCAAAAAACCGACACUUUUACAUAUCAAGGAUACGCAGGAGCUUUCGCAUCAUUCUUUCAGACGGGUGAUCCGAACGCACAUAAAUUGACGAAUUCGUCUGUUCCUGGAGUGCCAGAGCUUGAUUCCGGAGAGCAGUUUUUGGUAUCAUCAGAUGGAUUUUCUGGCAUCUCGAUCGCACAACUGGCUCAGCGAUGCGACUAUUGGCGUAGCGUGGCCCACAAAAUUCCCAUAUAAGCAUUUGGACAUCUCUGAGGGCAUGUAAGAGAUCAAGUCAUAGCUAGCAAUUUCGUAAAC